UUGAAGUGUCAAAAAUUUAAACAAUGUGCAUUUUGUGUAAAAAAAUAAACAAUUUCAUUCCUAUAUAAAUCAUAUACUUUCACAAAAAAUGGAACAAGUGAGACUUUUGGUACAAGAACAAGGACGUGAGGCUAGAAACCUUUUGGCAUUUAAUAUUUCUGCUGAUAACGACAAUUUUAGAAGCAAAGUGUCUCGAAAACCACCUUGUUCCCCAAGAAAUUUGGAGCCUUCGCAAGUAAACAAACCUCCCAACAUUCGUGGUCGCACAGGUGCUAGAGUACGGUCAGCCUCAACAGGAAGGGACAAAAGAUCUGAAUUGAGAGCUAGAUAUUGGGCAUUGCUUUUUGGAAAUCUACAAAGAUCUAUUGCUGAAAUCUAUAAUACUGUUGAAACACAUGAGAGUUUAACCGAAUGUCAGGAAGUUUUACUGGUUCUGGAAAAUUACUUGAGAGAUUUCAAUGCAUUGGCAGAUUGGUUUCGCAUUAAAUGGGAUUAUGAAAAUACACCUAUUUUACAAAGGCCAACAUCUCUUGCUUGGGAUAUCUGUAAAACGAAUCUUACCAAGAAUAACAGAUCUGGAAAAUCGAGUCCAAGUCUAGGGUCUGGAAGGAACAGUCCUAAUAUAUCAGGGAAGAUUAGUCCAAGGGUUCUUACUAGUAAACCUAAAAAUUCUACAUCUUGUCCAACGAGUCCUUUACCUAGCAUUGAUCAGCCUAUAUUAGAAGGCAAACUAUUAGAAUCGCCUCCAUCACAAAAAGAAAAUUUAGAUGUGAAAUCAGAGGAAAAUGAUAUACAAAACAAGGCAGCUAAUUCUAAUGAAAACAAAAUAUCUAAUGAAGGCAUUCAAGUCAGAAAUGAAAGUAAACCAAUCGAGGAAGAUAAUAAGUUAGAGGAAAAGAGUUCUAGUGUUGUUGAGAUAAAAGCCACAGAAACUAAUACCAAUAGUAUUACUAAAACACAAUUAAAAUUGGACGGUACAAAGAAGAGAGUCGAAGUUUUAAAAGGUAAUGAAGCUAAGACAAAAAUUGUCCAAAGAAUGCCAGUAAAAUUGGGGAUAAAGAAAGAUGUUAAACCAUCACCACAAAAGCAGAAGCCAAUCGAGCAGAAUAAAUUAACUAAUAAUAAGUUGUUAAAGAAAAGUAACGAUGAUAUUAAAUCUGUAACUAAAGAAGUACAUUCUUGUAGUGAUGCUGCUGCAGAAAACAAAUCAAUUAAGAAGAGCACUGAAGAUGUAAAAUAUAAAGAAGUUUCUACCGAGACACCCAUGGAAAAUAAAUCUGAUUUGGAACAAAUGAAGCAGAAUUUGGAUUUAAAUUUAGAAACUGUGCCAUCUUCUGUUUCUUCAGACUUAAACCAAAUCUGUAAAAACAUCGAUUCACCUAGCGAGGACCAGAAAACUUAUGAUACGUUGCGUAAAGUAGGUGUCCUAAGUGCUGAAAAAAGUACAUGUACUGACGAUGACUUUCCAAAACUACCAAUUAAGAAAACCAAUAUAGUAAAGAUAAACCAGGAAUGCCAAACAGACGAUAAAGAAAAUGAUAAAAAAUCUGUCAGUCCUAUGAAAACAGCUAAGACCGAGAUAAAUAAACCUUGUCGACCUAUUACCGCAUCUCGCCCUGCCUAUUCUACUGCCUUAACAAAAAGUGCUUCUGCAAAAAUCGUGCCUCCUAGACCAAAAGUGGAAGUUAGGUCUGUCACUGCUAGUGGUCGAACUAAUACACUACCUAAAACUGUUAAACCAUUUUCAUCAAGAAAUUUUGUAUCAAAUACCAUAGCCACAGACAAAAAUGCCUUAGCGAGAAGCAAAACCGUUAGUGAUAUGAAAACGGCACCAAAAAGCAAUUUUAAUGCUACUUCAAGACAAAAAACUUUUCAGAAAACAGAGUUGCCGAGAGUUAACCCUACAAAACCUACCACUCAUCCCAUUUUGUUACAAAAGAGUAAAACUACACUUACAAAGGAACAUUUAACAAAAUCUUUAUCUCUAGAUGAAUAUGCUAGUUCUGUGGAAACCUUAGUCAAUCAGGAGAGAACAGCUGAUUCAUCAAAUGUUACUAACUCUAGCAAUAGCAUCGCAAGUUCCUCUGAAACAUUAAACAAUGACAGUGUUAGGAGUGAUGUUACCGAUGGUUGGUUAACUGUCAAAUGUAGGUCUAGAUUCAAAAAUAAUAGUAGGCCUAGACGUUCCGACACGGCCUUGUCAUGGGCAACUAGGUUCCAUCAAGUUAGUGCUACUGCAAGCUUACCAGCCUUGGCUUUACUUCCCGAAAAUACUGACACAGCUAAACCCCAAAAGUCUAUUGAGAAGAGUGUCAAAGAGAAUCUGAAUACGUUGAAGUCACUUAAAAAUAAUCCCGAUGCUAAUACAGUUCAGUUAAAAAGAUCGCAUACCACUCUUAGCAAGCUAAGUAUAAACAAGAACUCAAUUCAGGAGAAGAACAAGACAAAUCUUCAAAUUAAGAAGACAGCUGAGAGGAAGGAACUUGAGCAAGAACAAAAAAAAGUACCUGAUGAUGUUGAUUCAGAAACAGAUGAUGAGAUGAAAAUGAAAGACAUGCAAGAUGAGAUAGCAACAGAGGAAGAGCAUAGAAAAAAAGCAAAACAAUUGUCUGAAGAGGAAGACAGACUUACCAAGGAAAUAGAACAGUUGCAGUGUUUGGAAAUUGAAGUGGAUACCGAAACUGAUGGUACCGAAACUGAUGGGGACGAAUUACAAGGUGAUAAUGAUGAGGACAGUGAAUGCAAUGUGCCGGUGCAUGUUGAUGAUGAAGAAAUGUCUCUGGAAGCAAGAUACGAACCAAUGCUUGCAGAUAUGUCUUGGAGUGAAAGAAUAGACACUUUGGCAGCACUGGAGGCAUUAAAUGCCAGACAUCCAGGUCGAGCCCACGAACUUCAUCAAAAACUCUCUAACCCAGCAAGAAGGAGAAGUUUGGCGGAAACUAUCAGAAAAUAUCAAGCUAAGCAAGCGAAAGCUCAGCAAAGACGUCAGGAUCUACAACUUGAAAAAGCACAAAAACUGCAAGCCUUAUGGUCUAGAGUAGAGGAUGUGAAGGCAGCUAAACUGCAAUUAAUUGAAGAAAAGCGGAAAAGAAUGGAAAUGAGAUUACAAAAGGCAGCUCAAAACAGAAAGAAGCACAUUAAAGGAAUUAUAAAAAAGGCUCAUGAUGAGGAAGAAAAACUUAAAGAAAUAGCUUUUAUAAAUGAAUUGGAAGCACAAAAUAAAAGGCAUGACUUUCUACAAUCUUGUCGAGAACAGAGAGGUAGGAUACAGGGAAUUCAAGAAGACAGACGAAAGAGGCAAGAGGAGAAGGCUGCCAAAGAAGCUGCUGUCGAAGAAAGACGAAAAGCCUUGGAACGUGAAAGAUUAGAACGUCUUGAUAGGCUGCAGGAUGAAAGACGUCAAAGAGAUGAGAGAAUUGGCCAACAGCAACAACAGAGAGAAAGAGAAAGACAGGAACUAGCAAGGGAAAAGGCAAGGGACAGAGAGGAAAGAUUAUCCGCUCUGCAUGAAAAACAACUAGCUUCGACUCAAGAGCUACAGAAGAGAAUAGAGCAAAAACAAGAGGACUCUAAGAGACGUCACGAUGAGAAUAUGGAGCAGAUCCGGCAAAGAGCUCUGGAAUUAUCAAUUCAUAGAUGUCAGAAUGACGACAAUGAGGCGCCCAAUAUGGUACCGUAUCCAACUCAGAAGUGGUGUACUGUGUGCAAUGUGCUUAUUAAAUCUGAAGUAUAUCUCAUGAGUCACUUGCGUGGCCGAAUGCACCAGGAUGCCGUCAAACAGGCUAACCCCGAUUUCAACAAUCUCACAUCAAACGACGUUGAACAGUACAAUCUGAAACAGAUAGUGGAAGCCCCUGCGGGCAAAGAAGAUCCCAAGGAAGCAGCAGCUAAAGAAAGAGGUCGUUCCCACCGUAAACGGUGCAAGAAAAUCAGGCAGCGCAUGGCAGUCAAAGGUGCUGAGUACGAGACGGGUUAUAAACCCAAUGUUCUCGACGGCACUAACAAGAGAAGCCUCAAUAGGAGCAUCAAUACUAUUGGGUCGAUUACAAACCAGGCCAGCCAAGGUUUGUCGCCUUCUAGUUCUAGUCAGUUGGAUAGAAUUCUGAAUGAGCUUACGAGGUUGCUGAGUAAAGGCAACGGAAAUGACUUGUUGGUGUUUCAAAGUGUUGGCGGCUUUGCUGUUCUAGGAAAACUUCUGGCACUAGGUCAAGAUGGAAAUACAUCAAUUUCUGUCAAGACACUAAUAAUUUGCUGCAAUUUAUGGCAAAUAGCUUGCAAAGGACCAGAUGGAAAAAACAAUUGUGAAUAUGUUAUUUUGUCAAACAGAUUAGCUCCAGUUAUUGAUCUGUUGAACACAAGACUACAAGAAUUCGGAGAUUGCGAAGACACGCUUCCAUCCGAACCUUUGUGUACCGCUUUAAUGCAACUUCUUGCCACGGUCCUUAGAAACACUCCGAAGGAAACUCCCGCGAAUAGAAUUCAAGACAUCAUAAGGUAUGCUGACAAUACGUUCAUUGAUGGAUGUAAUAAUAUAGAAGGAUUCCUAAACCACACUUACGGAAUACAUCCGGAUAUCAGCUUUACCUUAGAAAUAGAAGAAAGCGGUACCCUUCUGUUUCUAAAUGUCAUUGUCAAGAGAAAGACAAACGACACCCUGGAACACAGGGUUUCUAGAAAGCCUACUUUGAGGCUUAUUACCACCCAACCCAGAAACAGGGUAAAGUCAACACAUUAA